UUUUCCUGGCGAAGCGCGCGGCGGACACAGCCGUCCUAGAGGCUGGACUAGGCGCGCGGUAGCGGGCAUCCCGGGCCGGAGCGCCGCGCGCCCCUUCUUCGCAGUGAAACGAAGAGAGAGAAAGCACAAGCGGGGAGAAGUACAGGGAGAGGGAAAGAAAGAAUCUUAGGCAGGCACCAGGCCCAGCACAGAGCCUGACACCCACUGGGCUGGACUAUGAUGAGAUCAUGACCCGAGCCAAAAUCAAGAGUCAGAUGCUUAACUGACUGAGCUACUCAGGCACCUCUGCAAAUAACAUAUUUGGUCAAACAUUUGUGCACUUGUUCUGUUCUACUCUUAGAACAAAUUCCUAGAAGUGAAAUUGUCAGCUCAAUGGAAUUGCUUAUCUGAAGAAAUGGAUACCUCUCCCUCCAAAAAACAUCCAGUUAAAAAACGGGUGAAAAUACAUCCCAACACUGUGAUGGUGAAAUAUACUUCUCAUUAUCCCCAGCCUGGGGAUGAUGGAUAUGAAGAAAUCAAUGAAGACUAUGGAAAUUUUAUGGAAGAAAAUCCAAAGAAAGGCCUACUGAGUGAAAUGAAAAGAAAAGGAAGAACUUUCUUUGGAACCAUGGAUACUCGACCUCCACCAACGGAAGACCCAAUGACGGAUGAUAUUGGACAAUUCCAGAGCUUUGCAGAAAAAAACAUUUUUCAAUCCAGAAAAAUGUGGAUAGUGCUGUUUGGAUCUGCUUUGGCUCAUGGAUGUGUAGCUCUUAUCACUAGGCUUGUUUCUGACCGUUCUAAAGUUCCAUCUCUAGAACUGAUUUUUAUCCGUUCUGUCUUGCAGGUCUUGUCUGUGUUAGUUGUGUGUUACUACCAGGAGGCGCCCUUUGGACCCAGUGGAUACAGAUUACGACUCUUCUUUUAUGGUGUAUGCAAUGUCAUUUCUAUCACCUGUGCUUAUACAUCAUUUUCAAUAGUUCCUCCCAGCAAUGGGACCACUAUGUGGAGAGCCACAACCACAGUCUUCAGUGCCAUUCUGGCUUUUUUACUUGUGGAUGAGAAAAUGGCUUAUGUUGACAUGGCUACUGUUGUUUGCAGCAUCUUAGGUGUUUGUCUUGUCAUGAUCCCCAACAUUGUUGAUGAAGACAAUUCUUUGUUAAAUGCCUGGAAAGAAGCCUUUGGGUAUACUAUGACUGUGAUGGCUGGACUGACCACUGCUCUUUCCAUGAUAGUAUACAGAUCCAUUAAAGAGAAGAUUAGCAUGUGGACUGCACUAUUUACCUUUGGUUGGACUGGGACAAUCUGGGGAAUAUCUACUAUGUUUGUUCUUCAAGAACCCAUCAUCCCAUUAGAUGGAGAAACCUGGAGUUAUCUCAUUGCCAUAUGUGUCUGUUCUACUGCAGCAUUCUUAGGAGUUUAUUAUGCCUUGGACAAAUUCCAUCCAGCUUUGGUCAGCACAGUGCAACACCUGGAGAUUGUAGUAGCUAUGGUCCUGCAGCUUCUAGUGUUACACAUAUUUCCUAGUGUCUAUGAUGUUUUUGGAGGGGUAAUCAUUAUGAUUAGUGUUUUUGUCCUUGCUGGUUAUAAACUUUAUUGGAGGAAUUUAAGAAGGCAGGAUUAUCAGGAAAUCCUAGACUCUCCCAUCAAGUGAAGACUUGAUUAUUAUUUUGUUAACAUUCACUUAUUCAUAGGUACACUGCCAUUUUAAUGUUUACCUAUAAAUGUUUUGUGUUGUAUAAGUGACAGAAUGCUAUAUAAUAUAUAAUUAAUAUAUGCAGAUGUAGAAAAUUCUAGUCUAAUAUAUUCAAAAACAAAUAUUAAUAAAUAUGUGAAACAU